CCACUUCCAAUUUUUUCCAGUAGCCAUGUAGUUGAGGCAAGUAUAUAAACCGAAAGUGAAGGCACAUACGCAGUCAACUUCUGUAAUUUGAAGUAUCAAGUUAUAAAAAGUAAAUAAUAAUCAAAAAAUGGCAAAAAGCUGCAGUUCAAUGUUGCUGCUGGUUUGCUUGACUUUUUUGGUGAUCGUCUCUUCUCCAAAAAAUGAAGUUCAAGCUGACGUGUCAAUUGGAAGCUGCGUUUGGGGGGGAGUUAAUUACACCAGCGACUGUAACGGAGAGUGCAAACGCCGCAGAUACAGAGGAGGACACUGCGGAAGCUUCUUGAACAACAUUUGCUGGUGUGAACAAUAA